UCUCAAAAUCCAACCAAAAAAACCCAGCGCGUGGACCUCUUGAUGAUAUCCAUUUUCCACAACCCUUUAAUGGUCUUCUUUUGGGAUCUCAGUUUGGUAUUUCAGAACAUGCUGUCAUUUUUAUAUAUUCCAUAUUCACCAUAACCAACCACAGGAAGUGGAUCUACUUUAUCUUCCCAACUCUCAACGUGGCUUAGUGAAUAGUGAACCAUAAAAUCUGGAAGUGCAUGUAUUUUCACACCCCUUUGACAUUUUUCUUUUUUUUUUUUUUUUUUCCCUCCAUGGGUUUUGAAUAUAUAAUAACAAAACUAGCUGUCUCUACUUUUUGUUUGGUAGGUUGUAUUGCAUCUUAUCUUGAGAACUCCAAUCACUUGAUGAUUCCUCCAAGGUUGACCAUAUAAAAUGUUCCCCACCACCAUUUUUUUUCUUUUACCUUGAUUCCUCUGGUCUGUGGUCUAUGCAUCUGGGUAAAAGCAAAUGACAAAAACGUGUGGUGUUAUAAACAGUUUUUAAAAUAUCCCAAGAGAAAAUUUCUUGCUCUAUAUAUUUUCAUUCUUAUAAGCAACUUUGGAUUUAUCCCUUUUAUAGUUUUGCUCAAAUAAAGAAGUUAGCCAAAUGAAAACAGACGUUGACUUCAAUUAAAAAACUGAAUUUUGAUUUGAAAGGUCAACUCCUCCAAUGUGAACAGAGAAGACUUUAUGAGACUAGUGGUGGGUCAACACAGCAACCCUGUUUUCUCAUUCACAUCUAUCAUCGGCAGUUGAACUAAGACUAGAGACAACGACAACAAACUCCGUCCAAAUCGUAUGUGUAUAUAAGGUUGGUGUUCUGUGUUUUUAGACAGUGAAAUAUCAAAAAAAGAACUGCCUUUGGCAUAGCCCUUUAUUCUUCCAUUUUAUCUUCCUCCAAUGGAGUGGACCAGAGGUUCCAUGAUUGGCCGUGGCUCUACUGCUACAGUCUCAGUCGCCAUGGAUGUCCCAUCUGGCGAGCUCUUUGCUGUAAAAUCCACUGAGCUUUCUCAUUCCAAGCUCUUGCAAAAAGAACAAAAUUUGCUUUCCAAACUGAGUUCUCCAUUUAUAGUCAAGUACAGGGGAUUUGAUAUCAGAAAUGAAUGUAACCAGCCUAUUUACAAUCUUUUCAUGGAGUACAUACCACAAGGGACUCUCUACGAUGAUAUUCAGAGGCAUGGAGGUCGCUUGGAAGAGUCUUUGAUUAGAACUUACACGCGGCAGAUUCUUCAAGGUUUGGAAUACCUUCAUGGAAAUGGGUUGAUCCAUUGUGAUAUAAAGAGCCACAACAUCUUGAUGGGGAAAAAGAAUGUCAAGAUUGCUGAUCUGGGUUGUGCUAGAUUGGUGGAAAGAGUUCCCGGAAAUGGAGAUUUUGGCACGGUGACGUUUUGCGGUACACCGGUGUUCAUGGCGCCGGAGGUUUUGCGUGGGGAAGAACAGGGAUUUGAAGCUGACUUAUGGGCUCUUGGAUGCACAAUCAUUGAGAUGGCCACGGGUAAAGGUCCAUGGUUGGAUGUAGAUAACCUUGUAUCGGCUCUUCAUAGGAUCGGAUUUUCCGAUGAUGUGCCGGAGUUUCCGAGCUGGUUGUCUAAGAAAGCUAAGGACUUUCUGGGCAUGUGCUUGAGCAGGGAACCAAAACAGAGGAUGACAGCUAGAGAGCUUCUUGAGCAUCCAUUUCUCGAAGAGAAAGAUUCUCAAUCAGAUCAAGUGGUGAAUGAGUUCUUUAUGAAUUCUCCAAACAGUGUGUUGGAAAGCCUUUGGGAUUCAUUUGAAGUCAAUGGGAGUCCACAGAAUCCAAACCAUAAAGGUUCUUCUUCGGAUUCGAAUUCGAAUUCUGCAGCUGCAAGAAUAGAGGAGUUGAUUAAUGGAGCUACCAUGGAUCCCUCAGUUUCAAAUGAAGCCAAUUGGACUUGGAGUGAAGAUUGGAUCGAAGUUAGAAGCAACAAUGAUGAGGCAAACAAUGAGUUUUCUGAUAAGAUGGAAGUGGUAUUGCCUACUAAUGAACCACCAUUAGCAUGUUCAUUGCCUGAUUGUUCAAGUAUCAAUAUUGAAGAAGAGCUUGGUAGAUUAGGGUUUGAUGAAGAUUUCUUGUUUAAAUUCUCAUUUGGACAUGUCAAAAUUGUUAGAACUGAAAGAGGAUUUGUGAUUACAUUUGAGAUUACAGAAAACACUAUUGUAUUUAGAAACAAAAAUUUUAUGACGCAGGAAAUGAAAAUUUUUCUUUUCUUCAAUAUGUUUUUUGGCCUUUUAUUUGAAGCCUAUAAAUUACUUUUUGUAUUUUCGUUUAUAUUUGUUUUCUUGCCGAACCAUGUCGAUUUUUUGUCUCCAAUUAGAUCUUUUUCCUGCUGCGUUAAUAUUCUGGGCCAACGAAGGUGACCAACAAUGGUGAUUUAUUUUUAAUUUUUAUUCUUU